AUGCCCAACCACAGAAUGGACUUUUGGAAUCUGACAAUAAAAAUCAUUUUCUUAUCACAAACUACAGCUGGAGUUCUGGGAAAUUUCUCUCUUAUUUCCUACUAUCUCUUCCACUGUGGAGAACGUAUAUUAAAGCCCAGAGAUUUGAUUUUCGUAAACCUAAUGGCAGCCAAUGCCUUGGUAGUUCUCUCUACAGGAGUGCCCCACACAAUGGCAGCUUUGGGGUUGAAGAAGUUUUUAAAUGAGAUUGGGUGCAGAUUGGUUUUGUACAUUGAAAGAGUCGCACGAAGCGUGUCCAUCAGCACCACCUGCCUUUUGAGUGUCUUUCAGGCCUUCACCAUCAGACGCAAGGAAUCCUGUUGUAAGGAUCAAAAACUCAAAGAUGCCAAGUACAUUGGAUGCUACAUUUUUUCCCUCUGGUUCUUAUACCUGUUGGUUAAUUUCUUUUUUUGUGCAUACACAUUGCUCAAAAGACAUAACAAAAACCUGACAGGAAACCAAGACUUUGGGUAUUGCUUCAUUGGAGGAUAUGAUGAACUCAACGGCUUACUCUACGCAGUCUUGGUAUUAUGUCCUGAGAUCUUCUUUUCUGUGGUCAUUUCCUGGUCCAGCAGCUCCAUGAUUGUCAUUCUAUAUAGACACAAACAGAGGGUCCAACACAUCCACAACACUCAUGUUUCCAGCAGAAACUCCCCUGAAUCCAGAGCCACAAAGAACAUCCUGACCUUGGUGUCUACCUUUCUGGCUUUUUAUACUCUCUCCUCCAUCUUAAGAGGCUGCAUUUCUCUUUUGUAUACUCACACUAGGUGGCUGGUGAACAUCACUCACCUCACUUCUCUGUGCUUUCCCUCGUUUGGACCUUUUGUUCUUAUGAAUCAUUACUCUGUCAUGCCCAGACUCAGUUUGGUCUGGAUAAGGAAUAAAACCUGUUAA